AUGAUUGUAUCAAAUGCUGAGGCCUGGGCUCUGAAGGGCCACUGUCUCUUCCUGCAGGGCUCCCUCAGCUCUGCUAAGGACAGUUAUGAGUGUAGUCUGAGCUUCCAGCCGCCUCCACAGAACCCUCACCUGGUGCUGCUCAGGCUGGGGGACAUCUGCCAGCAGGAGGGACAGUUUGAACAAGCCAAACUGGUCCAUCUGCAAGCCUGUGAGCAGUCCCCAUCCUGCCUCACCUGGCUUGGGCUGGGAGCUGCCUGUUACCGGUUGGAGGAGCUGAGCCUGGCUGAAGCUGCCCUGACUGAAGCCAACCACCUGAACAACCAGAAUGCACAAGUGUGGGCCUACCUCUCCUUCAUCGCUCUCAAGUCUGGCAGGAUUAAAGAAGCAGAGCAGUUUUAUAAAUACGCAGUGAAGUUUAAACUCCACAAUGAAGAGCUCAUCAGAGAGUAUACACAAAUACACGACCAGGCGCGCUUCAGCUACCUGGACGACUGCUUUAAAGGAGCUGCCAUUUAACAAACCUGCUGCUGGUUAUUAAAGAAGGAGCCCUGCUGUCUGAUACGAGAGAAGAUGUCCUGGAGCCAGGGGGAAUCUUCAUAGAGCCGUGGGUCUCCCAGACACUCCGCCGUGCGCUUGUAGAAAUAGUAGUAGAGCAC